UGUGCCCUCGUAUUAGGGUUUUGGCUCGAGCCAGCCAGCUAGGGUUUCCAGAACCUCCGAUUCUCCUCCACAAUCCCAGAGAGAGAGAGAGAGAGAGAGAGAUAGAGAGCGCUCUGUAGGAGAUGGGGAGGUACAGAAGCCGAAGCAGAAGCUACAGUCCGAGACGGGGCAAGCGGUACGACGACCCUCGCGACUCCGGUAGGUCUCGCCGAGACCGCCGCUCGCCCGCUCCUUCUGGUCUCCUUGUUCGCAACAUCUCCCUCGACGCAAGGCCAGAAGAUCUUAGGAUCCCAUUUGAACGAUUUGGACCCAUAAAAGAUGUUUAUCUACCCAAGGAUUAUUACACUGGGGAGCCACGAGGCUUUGGAUUUGUGAAGUUCCGUUAUCCUGAAGAUGCAGCAGAUGCAAAGGAGCAUUUGAACCGUGCAAUUAUUGGAGGACGUGAGAUAAGAAUUGUUUUUGCUGAAGAGAACAGGAAAACUCCUCAAGAAAUGCGUAGGAUUUCACACACGAGUACAAGAGGAAGCUAUAGGAGACGAAGUCCAGCAAGGUCCCCCAAGCGCCGUUACCGCUCUUAUUCUCGCUCACCUUCCCCAGUGAGAAGUGACUUGAGGGAUCGCAAAGCGAGGGAUGAUUACUACUCUCCUCGUCGAUCUGGAUCUGUUUCCAGAUCUGUUUCACCCUGUGAUGAGAGAAAUUACAGGUCAAACCAGAAAUCACCAAGGCGCUCUAGGUCUAUUUCCAGGUCUGUUUCUCCACAUGAUGGGAGAGGUUACAGGUCCCCAAGCCCAAGAGAGAAUGGUCGAAUUCCUCUUGAUGAGAGGGGUCGUGAACCCAGCAGGUCACCAAGUCCAAGACGGAAGUCAGAGUCCCUCAAGAUCUAGGUCCUACAGUCACUCGCUGAAUGGAUCCCCCGCUUGUGCUGCUGUUGUUACCAAAUCUAUGCUGGCUUGUGUUGCUGUCCUGGUGGUUCCUCUGCAGAAAGGGCUGCUGCUUUUCAGUGAAAGCUAGAUGGUUGCUGUAUAUGUAGGCAUUCUAAGAGAAGCUUUGGUAAACCUGCUGUGGAUGAUGUUACUGCCAUUUUGUCUUUUGUUUGACUGAGCCUUAUCCCAGCCACACGGGGAGCAUUCUAUGUUUUGGAAAAGUUUAUAGUAACUUACUGUCAGUUCAGUUCAUGUGGUAGUUUGGUAGAAUCCCCUUUAUGGUAAAAGUAGAAACCAUCAGUUUAUAGCCUGCAAUAUUUGUCUUUAAGUGACUUGCUUGCUGGGGUCCAAAGCUAACUGGGAUUGUUGGUUCAUGUUUGGUGGGCUAGCUGAUUGUUUCCGCCCUUUGUUGGUCUCUGUUUGAAGUUGAAUGAAACUCUAGUUAUUUGAUUUGA